CAGAUCGUCGCUCUAACUACUACUGCUAGCUAUAAGCUCCGCUGAUUUAGCUGUUUUGAGAGCUAAGUUCACGUAAAAAAUAAAAAUGCUUUCGGACAACCUUGAAACGCCGUACGAGGAGGAGGAUGAAUAUAUUGAAUGCGUGGUGUGUGAAAAAUCCCUAAGAGGUACCUCCCUGUACAAGAUACACCUGACCACACCAGCACAUCUAAAGAGAGAGAAUUGCCUUGUCGCUGAGGGGAAGGCUAUACGACAACACAUUGUACCCAAGUUUAAGGACAUUGUGGAGUAUCUGGAAUAUUUGAAUCUUGAUGAACCUAUAAUUGGUUUAAAUUUUUUUGAAGAGGUGCCAUCGUUUGAGCCACAACUUGGCCCCAAGUACAAUUGCAGGUUAUGCAAUCAGGCUGGAGUCAUCGUGGAAAUGAUCUGCCAUGUGAUUGGACGAAAACAUCGUCAGAAAUAUGUGGAGGUUGAACGGCCAGACUUGGUCACCUGGGAUCAUCUAACUGCAAAAACCCAAGUUGGGAAAAGCAUUCGAGCCAAAGCUGAGAUCGUUGAGAGACAGGAUGGACGAGGAACUCCAAAGCUGCUCUUAAGAAAAAAAGUGGUUGAGGGAAGUUUAAACAUCACAAGAGUUCCUCCAAACCAGAGACAGAAAAGAAACCAAAACAUCCCAGAAAAUGCCCACUAUGGUGCACCAUCACUCUUACCUGAUCUUGAUUACAAAGAAAAAAAGAAGCUUUCAGGUUUUCAGGAAAAUCCCAAGUUUUAUCCAGAUGAACCUCCCAUGAAAAAAUGGUUUGGAGGAGGAGACGCAGCCAGUCAUAAUCGUUUGGAAGAGAAACCAGGAAGGUCAGACUACAGAGAAGGUUUUGAUUACCGAAAGGAGUUCAGGAAUCCUGAUGUUUAUGAUCCAUUUGAAAACGAAUAUGGUGAAAAACCACAAAGCAGUUGGAUGCCUGGGCCACACAACGUUCCGAGGUAUGGCUAUGGAGAGCAGAUGCCUCAUGGCCAAGCUCAGGAUUCAAAUUAUUACCCAGCAGGAGCUCCUCCAUUGAAAAGACCUUAUCCAGAAAGAGAUGCUCUAGAGGAGUUCUACUCUGAAGAAGUGCGGCGCGGCCAAGUCCGCUCUCAUGGAUAUCAGCCCUCCUCUCAGAUGAUGUACCCUGAAGGCGAUGAACAGAUGCGCUUCAUGGACGGGUCACUUCCACACAACAACAUGGCAGGAGCAAAAAGGCAAGGAUCCAGUGAACCAGAGAUCAAGAGGAGGAGCUUAUCUUCAUCUCUGGAUACCGAUCGAUCGCAUGAGCAAAGGCUAAUCAAAGAAUAUCACCACGAAAUGAGAGAUCAAUAUCAAGAGAAGGCAUUUGACAAUGCUGGGCCUAACCGACCCCCUUCAGGUCAGAGACACGUGGAGGUUUUCAGUCCCGCGUCAAAUAUACCAGAGCCUUUCAGGCGUUUCUUGAAAGGUGGAGAAAAGGACGAGAGAAAGAAUAAACGAAGAAGCCGCUUCUCUGACGCCUCGCCAGAGGAAGUGAAAAAGGCAAAGGAGACGUUCAGAGAUGAAUAUGCACCUCCUUAUGCUCAAACUGGCAUGGAUUCCAGACCAGGUGGGAGACCACUAAGACCUGAAACCCAGUCAACACAAUAUUUAGAUCACUACACAGGAUUACAGAGUCCACAUUUUAGUGAAAGCUACAGCAGGGGAGGCCCUGAGUCUGGUGAUGUGUUUGACAUGCUGAAACAUGUUCAAAUUGAGAACGCAGAAGAGGCUAAUUUCCUGAAGAGCAAACUCUCCAGUAUUUUGGAAGAAUUCAAAAACAAAAAAAUGGAGAAAGCUGCGUACGACAGCCAAAGUCAAGCAGGAGGCUCCACAAAUUACGGUGACUCAGUUCCACAUCCGAGAGACAAUUCUGACCACAGACGAUCGGAGGAUCCCAAUUUCAGUCAUAGGAGAGGUUGGGAGCAGCAUGAUUAUAUGCCUGAGGAGCGUCAGCAGGAGUACAACCAUCCUGCUCAAAUGGACUCCAGCAGAGGCCGUUAUGAAGAUGAACCAUCUUUUUAUCCCGAGAGGUUUCAAGAAUCCAUGCACCCUCAAGACUUCCAGCCUGCAGAGGGAGAGUUCUUCGACCCGCACUCCUCUGCACCUCCUCACCAAAUGGAGCAGGACAGCAGGGCGCAAAGAGACGCUCGCUACUCCAAUAAUCUGGACAAGAUCACCUCUGCCCUCCUGGAACUCGUGGCAAGAAAAUAAUUAUUCGCAAAAAAAUCUGGAUGUUCUGUGAUAUGAAAGUACAAAUUCAAAAGAUUUUUUUUUGAAGUAUGAAAGAACUAAAUCGUUUACAUUUGUUGGGUUGUUUUAGCUGACUUGCUUAAUUUGUGUAAUUGUGUAGAUUUAUUAUUUUUUAAUGCUCAUGUCUGUGUUCAUGCUAGCAAUGUUAAAUGCAUGUCUAUUGCAGUUCAAACUUUUUGUAGAAAUCAUUCUUUGCAAAAAUUGUAAUUUUGUGUUUGCUGUAUUGUGUGUAUUUACUUUUUAUUGCAGACAAUUGUCAAUUUGUUUUAAUUUAGGAUAAACAUGCUGAAUUUCAGGUGUAUACUGUGCAGGACAUGCUUAGUGAAAUCAAUCUAAAAAUAAUUUGUACUUUGUUUAUAGAACUUUGACUAAACAACUUUAAGAUGUGGCCAUUGUUGAAAGAUGACGUUCAAAAUGUCAGGUUAUGUGAAUGUCCAUAGUUAGCAAGUUAUUCAAUAAAUUUUGUUUUUGAUUCACUAGCUAAAAAGAUGAGUAUGACCUUAUUGUAUCAACUUAAACCAAAAUUAAAAAUUAACUGUUACAUUAUUAAA